CUCUUUCCUUCUCUAUGUCUCGAGUUCCCACAGCGCUGUGGAAGAACCUCAUUGCGGUCCAAGUCUACGGUGCCAACACUGGGGUUGGCAAGACUGUCUUCUCAACUUUGCUAGGCUCACACUUUUCGCGAAAGAUUGCGAAGACAAAAUGGGAUUUACGUUAUAUAAAGCCUGUAUCCACAGGCCCAAUAGAUGAGGCGGAUGAUGGUUACUUUUCCAGAUAUACUGGGGCAAAUGCUGAUACGCUAUUUCAAUUCAAGAAAGCUGUGAGCCCCCAUGUCGCUGCGAGAGACUCGGGAAGAAUUCCCAGUGACAACGACAUUGUUCAAAAGCUCUACUCAAAGCUUAGUGAAAUUGCGACGCGUCGUUGUUCCCAAGAAAACUCAAUCGGACUUGCCAUUGUCGAAACCGCCGGAGGUGUAUUAAGCCCUGGCCCUUCUGGUGUGCCGCAAGCAGACCUUUUUCGGCCUCUGCGGAUGCCCGUAGUCCUCGUGGGCGACCAUCGACUUGGCGGUAUUGCUUCAACUAUCUCGGCUACGGAAUCUUUGAUCUUGCGCGGCUACGAUAUUGCCGGCGUUGUAUGCUUCGAUGACAAAGGGAAAUACGAGAACUCGAAUUAUUUACGCAAUUACUUUGAAGAAAGAGAGAUUGCCGCCUUUGAGAUCCCAUGGAUACCAGAUUUGUCGGAUUGCACCACGGAAACUGAAAUUGAGAAGAUGCGUGCGUACUACCUUGAGGAAAGCGACUCAGACGGACUUCAUAACAUCGCUGGCCAGCUUAUUGAUCAACAUGCUACACGCUUGGAAAAUCUUUCAAAAAUGGCGAAGAAAACAAGCGAAUCGAUCUGGCAUCCCUUCACACAGCAUAAAAAUCGCAAAAGCUCCGACGAAAUCCUAGUGUUCGACUCAGCGUAUGGCGAUUACUUCCAAACGAAGCAUACAGCCCAAUCAAAUGGUGGUUCGAAGGGUAAUACGAACAAUGCAAUCCUAUAUCCUGCCUUUGAUGGCUCCGCUUCAUGGUGGACACAAGGCCUUGGUCACGGAAAUCCAAAACUGGCUUUGGCAGCAGCUUAUGCUGCAGGUCGAUACGGACAUGUUAUGUUCGCUGGAGCUACCAAUGAACCAGCGGUUGCCCUUGCUCAGAGACUACUCCAAGGCCUCGAAAAUCCGCGCCUCGCAAGAUGUUUUUAUACAGAUGACGGAAGCACGGCCGCAGAAGUAGGUAUCAAAAUGGCUUUACGUGCCUCUUGCAAACGGUACGGCUGGGACGGUUCGUCUACAGAGGUCGGUAUCUUGGGCUUGAAAGGCAGUUACCAUGGUGAUACAAUCGGUGCGAUGGAUGCUUCAGAGCCUUGUACCUACAACAAGAAGGUCGAUUGGUAUCGAGGGCGUGGUCAUUGGUUCGACUUUCCGACGGUCAAAAUGAGACAAGGACAGUGGAUCGUUGAACCAUCCGCUGGUAUGGAACAAGUGUUCGGUGAAACGUCAAGGUACCGUACACUGGAUGAUGUUUUUGAAUUUGAGAAGAGAAGGCAAAAUCCCCGUUACAGAGAGUACAUUACAGAACAGUUGAACACCCUUGUCAAAGAGCAGGGCAAGGCAUUCGGCGCGCUUGUCAUGGAGCCCAUCAUUUUAGGUGCAGGCGGUAUGCUCUUCGUCGACCCGCUCUUUCAACGAACCUUCGUUGAAAUUGUGCGCGAAUACGACUUUGUCGAGAGUACAGCACAUCCAAAAGACCCGAAAGCUUGGAGUGGUUUACCUGUCGUUUUUGAUGAAGUUUUUACAGGACUUUAUCGUCUAGGCCGCUUUAGUUCCGCUUCGUUCUUGGAAACACAUCCCGAUAUUUCUAUUCACGCCAAACUACUCACCGGUGGUCUGCUUCCUUUGAGCGCAACCCUCGCAUCGGAAAGUAUAUUUGAAGCCUUUCUCAGCAACGAAGUAGCUGAUGCUCUUCUCCACGGUCACAGCUACACUGCGCACCCUAUCGGAUGCCAUGUAGGCAAUGUGAGCCUCAAAGCCAUGGAAGAAUUAAGUCACAGUUAUGCAUGGCAAGAUUAUCUCAAGGAUUGGCAGGGAGAGGUAGCAAGUACUUUCGAUCAACCACACGUCGAAACACCGAAGAAAACAACGAAGAAGUGUAUAUGGAGCAUGUGGAGUCAGAGAACAGCGAAUGAAAUCUCAUAUCAUCCCCUUGUGGAUCACGUCAUUGCUAUCGGCUCGGUUCUUGUUGUAUCGUUGAAGGACGACCAUGGAAGUGGUUACACCUCAAAAGCUGCCUUAGGACUGCGCGAUGCUCUUCUUCGCGACCGGAUUGGGCAGAACAUCCAUAUUCAUUCGCGAGUUUUGGGUAAUACGAUUUACCUGAUGGCGAGCAUGACCUCUGCUCCAAGUGAUUUAGCUACUAUUGAGAGCGCUUUUAUGGAUCAGCUGAAGGCUAUGGUAGACGGUAGUUAG